GAAAAGUCUGGCAAACCCUAUCUAGAUGAAAGUGCAUUUGAAUCACUGGAAAAAGACUUCCAAGAAGUCAUCAAUCUACUUAAGGGAGAUAAAACUCUGGAAAAAUUCCAAAUAGAAUAUGAGAAGCUCCAUGCUGUUAUGAAGAAGUCUCAUGAAAAUGAAAAGCGUCUCAUGGAGAAAUGCAGGGAGCUGAAUGCUGAGCUUGUGGUGAAUUCAUCUAAAGUAGCUGCGCUCACAAAGCUCUCUAAAGAUGAUCAGGGAACUAUAUCAUCAAUGAAGACGGAGAUUGAAAAGGCCUGGAAAAUGGUGGAUGCAGCCUAUGAAAAGGAACAGAAAGCGAAGGAAACGAUUAAUUCACUGCAAGAGGAAAUUGCGCGCCUAACUAACUUAGUGGAGCAAGGAUCAACGCUAUCCCUGGGACAGGAGUACAAUAUCCGGGAUUUGCUAAAACUUAAAGAAGAGAUAACAAAGGAGCGAGACCAACUCUUGUCAGAGGUUGUGAAGUUACGUCAAAGUCUAACUCAAGCCACAGAGCAGCAGCAGGAUACAGAGAGGGCAAAAAACGAGGCAGAUCAAUCCGUUAUGCAGCUUCAGCAAGAAAUCCAGCUGCAUCAGAAUGAGGCAUCACGAGAGGCUCGAAAGAAAGAAAAAAUGGAGAAGGAGCUGAAAAAUCUUCUAGCUGAAAUGGAUAACAAGCAAGCUGAGAUCAAGAAUUUACAGCAACAUAUACAGAAGAACAAAGAGGAACAACUGAAAAUGGAACAGCAUCUAAAAGAGCAGAAG